CGGUACUAAUCUCUGUCCACCUGUGAUGUGAUGAAAAGAGCACAAAAGGAAGGUAUGAAGGACAGCCAACAGCGGAUACGAACUUCCCAGCGCGCAACUUAAACGCUUAGGGAAAUCGGUUCGUGCAGAAGCCGGUAGUCUGACAAGUCAAUGGCCAUCAUGUGCCAGUGUCUUGUCGAAUAAUUAGGGCCCCCAGCGUCAGGUACCGAUGCACGAAGCAAACGCUGGCUCAAUCGCAAACCAAGCAAAGAGGUACAGCCUACUUUGCCCCACUAUGUAACCCGCAAUAUAUAAAAUCUUCCUUGCUGAGACUCUAACUGCAGAAUCCAAGCUCUUCAAUCCACACAUCACAUUGUGUGUUUAACGAUUUGAAACAAUGUCACCCCGGUCCUUCGUCAAGAAUUUGACCUUCCAGUCCAACGACCUCAGCCAGGCCAAGAACCACACUGGGUCCAUUGAAGAUAUCGCAGUUGGCUUUGUAAACAAAGGAGGCAUCAUGUCCACGCCCGUACUCUACCUCAGCAAUAUUGGUCGCGUCACGGCAAAGUUCACUCCGGUCCUGCCCGUCUACAUCACGUCCGACUACGAAGAAACCGAUAUUGUACGAGGCCAAGUCGACACUCCUGCGAUGUGGCCGCAGGACCUCACUACGCUUGCCCAGAGCACGACUUGGAACCUCGCGCGCGACCCGAACACUGGACAUUACUCGAUCGAUCAUGCUUGAUUAAGGAAUGCAACAUCGAUGCGCCUAGAUGUUUGUUCCGUGGGAUAUGCAUCACUGUUUUCUCUUUUUUCAUAGCAUUUUUGUCCAAACCAAUGGCUCCAAUUGGUUCCUUAUUCUUUUUAUGAUAUUGCUUGUAUGUCAUGUAUUUUGUCUAUGUGUUUGAACUCUUACUGCCAAGUUACCAACUUACAUAUGACUCCUCUUUCCAGGUCCAUGCAAGGCUACCGUGACAUAGCCCAGUAAGAUCAUCGACAAGAACAAUGGUAUUGAAAGUUACUUAUUCAUUGUAUAGACUUGCUUUUCCAGAGCUCGGGCCGUGAAUGGA